UGGUUCCCGCCAAAUGUCAGUGCGGACGUUAGUCUAGUCUUGGAGAAUCUGUGAAAAUCCGACAACGCAAAACUUUGUUUUACUUUAAACAUAAAAGACCUGGUACAUAAAAGGACUGGUACAUAAGGUGUCACAUUGUAUUUCAGAGGGUAACCACAUACCAUACUGUCUGCACAGCGUUACUCUGCCAUAGGUUAAUGGAAAAAACUUAACAUGUCAUCGUCCGAGCACUGGCGCAGACAAGGCAAUGAUGUUUAUGUCAGCGUGGAAGGAGGAAUGGCACCAUCACUGCAGAUUCAGAGAUUUCAGAAGGCAAUUCAGUGCUACCAGAAAGCAUUUGAUGUGGCAAAAACUGAGGCAGACAGUUCUUCAGCGGCCAAAAAUAUUGGAAGGGCGAGUUGGCGCUGUGCCAAGGUGCAUGCUGCGUCGGGUGCCUAUUUGGCACAGUAUCGCUACACGCUGCUCCACUUAUGCAAGGAAGCCUUGAAAAACUUCUCCUUUGCCUACACACGUGGCUUCAAUGUGAUGCCACACAACUGGGUCACAGAUAUUUUGAGUUCCUGCCGAGCAUGUUGGGAAGAUGUUGCAGAAAACAUGCUCAAUGUCCUAGAUAUUGACCUCCGAUGUCAGGCAUUGUAUGACGUAACCAUGGCAAUAGAAAUUAAAGAAAUCAAAGGUGAAGCCUUUUACAAGUUGGCAGAGUGCCAUUUUCAACGGGGUAUUCUUGCUAUUCAGAACAAGGACUUCAAGAAGUGUUUAUGUGUGCUGCGUGACUGCUACAUGCCAUUGAAUGAGGCUGAGAGACUGAGUCAUGAUACGCACACGAAGUCAGAGGUAAAGGUCCUGGAGGAAGAUGUUCAGAUGCACAUGAGUAUGGCAGAGUCCAUGCAGGCCAGGCAGAUAGGCGAUGAGAUGUUUGAGGCUGUUGUAAGAAAUGAAGAGACACUGAAUAUAGACAUGGUGUGGGAGGUGAUAGACUGGUACAAGCAGGCAACACUCAGAACUAGGGAUAUCACCGAGGUUGAGCUGGAGGCGAUAGCAGUGAGUCGUAUCGGGCGCGUGUAUGAUCGGGUGUUGAAGUUGAAGCAACGAGCCAAGGAUUAUUACAAGCUUGCUGUAGAACUCGCUCACGCUAUGUCCCCACGCACAUUCGUACGGGAAGACUGGUAUAUAGAGGCAACACAGGUGCUAGCUAAGUACCAAUCAGAAACAGUGCAGGCAGAAGAAACACGACAAAACAUAGAGAAAGCUGAAAUCCUGAAAGAGCUCACCGGAGAAAUGAAACAACUGAAGGAACUCGAGAAUAAAGACAACACAGAGUUUCUCACAUUCAUCUAUAAGACUUUCCCGCCUAAGAAGGAGAACCAGUGCCUCGUGUUGCCAACGUCUAAAGACGACGACUGGCGUAACAAGAUGAAGAAAUCAAUGCAGACGGCGGUCAUUCAUUACCACCCAGACAGCGUGGAUGAGAAAAUGCAUGGCAAGAAGUGGAAAGUGCUCUGUGAGGAGAUUACGAAGUGUUGUACCCGCCGAUACGAAUGCAUGAAAUAACUGGAACAUUGUGUGAUUGGUGUGAAAAUAAUAAAGCUGAAUUUUCAAACAUGACUUGCCUGUUAAAAUGGUUAAGAUUCUACAUGACUUGCCUGUUAAAAUGGUUAAGAUUCUACAUGACCUGCGUGUUAAGUGAUUAUGAUUUUACAGGACUGGCCUGAUAAAAUGAUUAUUAUACAAUGUGACAUGUCGGAUUAAAUGAAUCCGAUACCGCAUGACUUGCCUUUUUAAAUGUGUAUUUUCCUACAUGAGUUGCCAUUUUAAAUAAGUAUGAUCCUACAUUACUUGCUUUUUUGAAUGAUUAUGAUCCUACAUGACUUGCUUGUUUGAAUGAUUAUGAUCCUACAUGACUUGCUUGUUUGAAUGAUUAUGAUCACCAUGACUUGCUUGUUUGAAUGAUUAUGAUCGUACAUGACUUACCCGUUUGAAUGAUUAUGAUCCUACAUUACUUGCUUGUUUGAAUGAUUAUGAUCCUACAUUACUUGCUUGUUUGAAUGAUUAUGAUCCUACAUGACUUGCUUGUUUGAAUGAUUAUGAUCACCAUGACUUGCUUGUUUGAAUGAUUAUGAUCGUACAUGACUUGCCCAUUUGAAUGAUUAUGAUCCUACAUGACAUGCCUGUUUUAAUGAUUAUGAUCCUACAUGACUUGCCUGUUUGAAUGAUUAUGAUCCUACAUUACUUGC